AUGGAGGUGAAGUACGGCAGUACCUGCUGUUCGGGAUGCAGGUGGACGCACAGUCCGGACGAGUCGACCGCGUUGACGUCGGCUGCGUGGGACACCAAGCGGGGUUUCGGGUGGGGGACAUUUUGGAGGGAGUGUUGGGGUUUUCGUCUCUACAGGCGUACAGUGAGGCAAUCGGGCGAAGGGAUGAAGCUACUUCGGAGGAACCGUCGAGAGUUGUGCAUUUUCUUCGCAAAGGUGUGCCCUUGGAACUGGAAAUUCCAGGGGUCGGGUGACUGCUCGCAAGAUGCGGAACGAAAUGCGUAA